AUGCACACUUUUUCCACAUUACCCGUCGAAAUUGUUUAUCGAAUUAUGGAUCAUCAAAAUGCGCUGACGCUAUUUUGUUCAAUGCAAAAUAUUUCCCUGCGACUCAAUCAGAUCUUGAGCACCUAUGAGCGAUAUCGAACACUCACCACACUAGAUCUCGCUCAUAAAGAAAUCGGUGCUAAAGGUGCACAACUCAUUGGUGAUGCGUUACGAACGAACACGACACUCACCACACUAAGCCUCGAUUGGAGCAGAAUCGGUGCUAGAGGAGCACAACACAUGGCGGAUGCGUUGCGAACGAACACGACACUCACCACACUAAAUCUCAUCCGUAACGAAAUCCGUGAUAAAGGAGCAAAACACAUUGCGGAUGCGUUGCGAACGAACACGACACUCAUCACGCUAGAUCUCGACAGUAACGAAAUCGGUGCUAAAGGAGCACAACACAUUGCCGAUGCGUUGCGAANUUAA